AUGAAUAUUAUUUCAUUCUUACUCUAUUGUUUUACAACUCGUCUAUACUUUACUAAUGCUUUGAAUACAACGCAAAGACUCGAUAUAAUACUGCCAGUUCAUCUCGGAAAUUAUGAUUUGGAAUUUGUUUUCAACUUUACCCGUUACCUACAUCGUAUACAUCGUUUUCAUAGUUUUAUAGCGUUUAGUGAAAAGCGUGAAUACAAUAGAGCGGAACAUGUUAUAGUAAGGCCUCUGGAACAGGCCCUAAUGGAAGAGUUUCAAGUGCCAGUAGUGGUAUGGGGCAGACAGACUACGGCUAAGUUACGUUAUCGUAUAGGUGUUAACAAUUUGAUAUUCGUUUAUAUAUCAAAAGUUAAUGAUCCUAUACUCUCUGUCGUGAGCAGUACUCUGGAAGGUAUACACUAUAUGCCCAUGGUUUUCAUAUUUAAAAGGAAACAUAAUCGUCCGCCAACAUUAGGGGAAAUACGAGCAUUUUUUGAAUGGUGUUGGCAGGAGAAUAUAUUAAAUGUGGCCUUAACUUAUCAAAUUAUGCAGAGAAAAUGGAGUUAUAUAGAUAAUGCCAUGAGGUUGGAAAUCAAAAAUGAGGUUUUCAAUUACACACCCUUUCCGAAGCUAACAAUUUUUAAUGCUACCGAACAGGCCUAUAAACAUGAGGGUUCAUUUAUUAAUGGCGAUUUGCUGGAUGUGCAGGGUUAUAGUUUUUCAACACCCAUGUUUAUGGAUACACCAACGGUGUUUCUGACCCAUUAUGAAAAGCAUGGUAAUAAACGGGUACUGUUGUUCGUAACCGGUACCGCAGGACGCACCUACCACGAAUAUAUACAUUAUAUUAAUGGUACUAUCAAAGUAAAGCCUACCCACAGUCUCAGUUAUUAUCAUUUUCAAAAGAAAACUCUUACUUAUGCUGCGAAAAAACUCAUAGAUAUUGGUAUACAUCCCUAUUCUUCGCUCCUGCCCUAUGCCAAUCUUACGGAGGGCAGUUAUCCUGUGGGUUUAACCAAUGCCUGUGUUAUAGUGCCAGUAAUACCAGAAAUUGCUCAUGGCCAGUAUAUACUCAGAGUAAUGCCCGCCUUUAUUUGGUUGGUAUGGAUAGGAGAACUGUUGGCACUUUUUAUCAUCCAGUGCGUGCAUUUGGGACGGAUAGAUAUCGGCAGUGGCAUUAUUUAUUCCUUUCGUACGCUCAUGUCUCAACCAUUAAAUAUACAAGAGUUUGAAAAACGCCGGGGUUUAUUAAGAUCUCUGCACCUAUUUGUUAUACUACUAAGUGUUCUAGUUAAUUCGGGGUUUAGUGCUUCUCUCACCUCUAUACUAAGCACCACCCUGGUGGGUAAACAAAUCAGCAGUGUAGAAGAUCUCUUAGAAUCAGGUUUACAAAUAAUGACUACUAUCUACGAAAAGGAGGUAUAUUUUGAUCAAAAUCUUCUGCCUCCGGCUCUAAAACCCAUUUUACAUGUAGUCAAUGAAUCCGAGCUGCAAGAACACAAAGACAACCUUAACACCUCCUAUGCCUAUGUGGUCAAUAGUGAAGAAUGGGGUAAAUAUGAUUUUCAACAGCAAUUAAUGUGGCGGCCACGCUUUCGUAUUGCCCAUACCAAACAUCUUUGCACAGUGCAGCAGUAUUUGCGUUUUCCUCUACAAUGGGAUUCUCCCUUUAUACAGAGUCUAGAAAUGUUUAUUAUAUAUACCACCGAUUCUGGUCUAAGACAAGCCUGGUCUCAUUGGAGCAUCUAUCAGGCUACACGCAUGAAAUUGAUUAAAAUUUGGAAACCUGAAGAGGAAAAGGAUGAAAAACCUUUUAGUAUCAGUCAUUUUAUAACGAUUAUUUUUAUUUAUGCUGCUUUCAUGCUGGCGGCCAUUUUAUGUUUUAUGGUUGAAGUGUUGUGGUUUAAUCGGAAGAUGAUUUUCAAGAAAAUGGAAUGGAAUAAUAAAUGA